UUGAACGCGAAAAAAAGCGCAAGGAGUUUGCGACGUUCGUGGUGUGUUUACUGGAUUGUAAAUAAAUCAUUUAUCGCGGGUGAUAUAUUUAUAUUUAUUUACUCGACUGUGAAAAAUGGCUUUUACGUUCGGAAAUCCGAUAGUCACCUCUGCUAGCACGAAUUUUGGAUUUGGGACACAAAAGCCAGCGACAGGCUUUGGUUUAAGUAACACGUCGUUCGGCACCGCAACCACAACGUCUGGCACAUUAACGUUUGGUGCCUUGUCUACUCCAACGACGUCUAUAGGUCUCAAUUUUGGAUUUGGUACUUCAGCAACCUCUUCUCCGGCGCAAUGCAGUGGUGUCCUAGGAUCUAACACAGCCACUACAAUGACUACUGCUCCCAGUUUGUUUCCUAUCCCUACGACUACACCCUUAUUCACAGGUCUCAGUUUUGGUACACCAGGUACAACAAACACCCUAACAUUUGGUGCCACAUCUAAUACACCUGCAACAGGAAGCUUAACUUUUGGUGCAGCUACUACCAACGCUCCUUUAUUUGGAUCUGGAACUGGAAGUACUUUAUUGGGUUCAAAGCCAACGACUGUUCUUACUGCUACAACUACUAGUAAAGGACUUGGUGGUUUAGAUGUUUCUGUUAAUAAUAAGGGCCUUUCUCAAGGAAAUAGUUCAACAGCAGCUAAGGAGAAUCUGUUGCCAAAUGAACUUAUGCAAACUAUAGAUAAAUUCAAGGAAUUUGUAAAAAUGCAAAAAGGCCUAUCUUCUGAUAUUGCAAGAGGUUCAGCAAGACCAUUGAAUCGAUGUGCAGAAGAUACAGCGUCCCUAAUGGAAAUUUUGUCCACGUUAUCUGGCUCAGUGCAACGAGAUCGUUCUUCAGCUGAUAAGCUGAAGCAGGACACUGCAAGAGCGUUGCAGAGCGCUGAAAUAGCUCAAAGAACACACGAUACUCCAGCCGGCUUGCAAUAUGAAAAUAAUAUGCCCCUGCAAUUUUUCAUGGAAUUAGCUGAAAGCUUCGAACAAGAUUUGAUGUUAUUCAGAUCACAAAUUGAGACAACCGAGAAACACAUACAAGCCAUGAUGACGCCGAGAACUUUAACGCCACAAGAAUUGACUGCAACCAUGAGUAAGCUUCAUGAGUCUUUAGUCGCAGUAGCUGGUCGACUGCAGAAUGUGCAUGCUAAAGUACAGCAACAGAAGGAACAGUAUCUUAAUUUCAGGAAAUAUGUGUUGAAGGAUAAUACCAAUGUUUUUGACAACAUCAAGGUGAACAAUAAAUCUAAUCGAAGCAGCAUCGGCAAAAUCACGAGUGGUCCCACUCCUUUUGGACCAGGAAAUAAAAACUUUUUGUCAUCAACGACAUUAAACUCAAAUCGGCCAGCGAGUUACGAAACACGAAAUCCUUUAGUUUGGGAAAGUUCAACACCAGUACCAUCUGCUACUAAUAUUGCUGUAGGCUCAUCUACGAAACCGCCAACAGCAAGUUUAAAUUUUAAUGCGCCGAUUAAUUUGACUUCACCAUUGCCAGUAAACGGAACCAGUUCAAACUUUCAACUUCAAAAGCCUCCCGUUGGUAAUAAACGAGGAAAACAUUGAUCAUUCGACUCGAACUAUUUUUUUGUAAUAUAGAAGUUGUUAUCCUCAAUACACGUUGUAAAAUCUCCUCUACCAGAUUGUUAAUGUUAAUGACCAUGUUGAGACAAAAGUAUUUUU